AAGGGGGCGGGCUCAGCGGAAGGCGGGCCCAGACGGGCCAGGCGGACUGCCGCCCCGGGCGCGCGUGGAUGACGUCACUCGGCGCGUGCCGGGGUAGCCCGUAGUAACCCCGAGUCUGCGGAAGUGGAGACCGGUGGGAGGCGGCUGAGACAGGAGACUGAAAGUUGUGGAACCAUAACCUGUGACAUCAGUUGUUUUUUUGAUAAGCAGCUAUUUAUGAUUCUGGAAGAUUAAGGCAGAUAGGAAACCCCCAUCUGAAAUUUUAACCAGCCUCUCAAACAAUAAACCACAUCAUGGACAUACAGCUGGACCCUGCCAGAGAUGACCUGCCUCUCAUGGCCAACACCAGCCACAUACUUGUGAAGCACUAUGUGCUGGAUUUGGAUGUGGAUUUUGAAAGUCAAGUCAUUGAGGGGACCAUAGUACUUUUCCUUGAGGAUGGAAACAGAUUCAAGAAACAGAAUAGCUCCAUCGAGGAAGCCUGCCAAUCAGAGUCAAACAAAGCCUGCAAAUUUGGGAUGCCUGAACCCUGCCAUAUUUCUGUGACAAAUGCAAGGACCUUCUCAUCUGAAAUGGAUUAUAAUGAUUUUGCAAUCUGUAGUAAAGGUGAAAAAGAUACUCCUGAUAAAGAUGGUAACCAUGACAACCAGGAACAUGCUUCUGGGAUUUCUAGCUCAAAGUACUGCUGUGACACAGGGAAUCGUGGGAGUGAGGACUUUGUGCUAGUGUUGGACUGCUGUGAUUUAUCUGUGUUAAAAGUCGAGGAGGUGGAUGUUGCUGCUGUGCCAGGUAUGGAAAAAUUUACAAGGUCUCCCAAGCUCACAGUUGUUUCUGAGGAGCUCAGGAAUCAGAUUGUACGUGAACUUGUGACUUUGCCUGCAGAUUGUUGGAGGGAGCAGUUAGACUAUUAUGCUUGCUGCAGCCAGGCUCCUGGCUGUGGAGAACUCCUCUUUGACACUGACAGUUGGAGCUUACAGAUCAGAAAGACAGGGGCUCAGACAGCUACUGACUUUCCUCAUGCUAUCAGAAUAUGGUACAAAACUAAACCCGAAGGGCGAUCAGUUACAUGGACCUCAGACCAGAGUGACAGGCCAUGUGUUUAUACUGUGGGAUCUCCCAUAAACAACAGGGCCCUUUUUCCAUGCCAGGAGCCACCCGUUGCCAUGUCAACAUGGCAGGCUACAGUUCGAGCAGCUGCAUCUUAUGUUGUUUUAAUGAGUGGGGAGAAUUUUGCCAAGCCAACACAGCUUUGGGAAGGGUGCUCAAGCUGGUAUUACUAUGUAACUAUGCCAAUGCCGGCCUCCACCUUCACAAUUGCAGUGGGAUGCUGGACAGAAAUGAAGCUGGAGACAUGCUCAUCAAAUGAUUUGGCAACAGAGAGACCCUUGUCACCUUCUGAGGCCGACUUCAGGCAUGUUGGUGUUUGCAGUCACAUGGAAUACCCCUGCCGCUUCCAGAACGCUUCUGCUGCCGCCCAGGAGAUCAUUCCUUAUCGGGUCUUUGCCCCCGUGUGCCUCAAGGGUGCCUGCCAAGAGACCCUUCUGCGGCUGAUCCCUCCUUGCCUCUCAGCAGCACAUUCUGUUCUGGGAACACACCCGUUCUCUCGGCUGGAUGUUCUCAUCGUCCCUGCCAACUUUCCAAGUCUGGGGAUGGCCAGCCCACACAUCAUGUUCCUCUCUCAGAGCAUCUUGACAGGAAGGAGCCAUCUCUGUGGGACCCGCCUCUGCCAUGAAAUUGCCCACGCCUGGUUUGGCCUAGCCAUCGGGGCCCGCGACUGGACGGAGGAGUGGCUGAGUGAAGGCUUCGCCACUCACUUGGAGGAUGUGUUUUGGGCUGCGGCACAGCAGCUGGACCCCCGUGAGGCCCGGGAGCAACAGGAGCUGAGGGCUUGCCUGCGCUGGCGUCGCCUCCAGGACGAGAUGCGGUGCUCCCCGGAGGAGAUGCAGGUGUUAAGACCCAGUAAAGACAAAACUGGCCACACAAGUAACUCAGGAGCAUCUGUUAUCAAGCAAGGACUCAAUCCGGAGAAGAUCUUCAUGCAAGUCCAUUAUUUAAAGGGCUACUUCCUUCUUCGGUUUCUUGCCAAAAGAUUUGGAGACGAAACCUAUUUUUCGUUUUUAAGAAAAUUUGUGCACACAUUUCACGGACAGCUGAUUCUUUCCCAGGAUUUCCUUCAAAUGCUGCUGGAGAACAUCCCAGAAGAAAAAAGGCUUGAGUUGUCUGUUGAAAACAUCUACCAAGACUGGCUUGAGAGUUCCGGAAUACCAAAGGGAAAUGUCAGCCAUCAGCCACCAUAAGCUCAUUCCUAAAAGAGGACAGUUUGCCUUCAGUUCAGGAAUGUGUGUCACCUGUUACAAAUUACUUUUUUUACCCAGUCUUUUCUGGGAGCAAAAAAGAAUAAAAUCCCGAGUCUUACAAAGAAAACAGACCAGGGGUGGGACAAGGCAGUGCGUGAUUGGGGGCAGUGCCUUUCACUCAUGUGUAUGACAGUGAGGACCCGUGGGCUCUGAGGCAGUGACUUCCAACCAGACUGCUUGCUGAGGACAAACAUGCAGAAAAAAACAAGUUAAGCUUUGCCAGUUAUGAAUAACCAAGCCUUUGGUAAAACUCCCUUCAUGUUUUAGAUGGGAGUGUAGGUGGUGGGGGACGUUUGCUGAAGCCUUUUGCCUUGUGAUCCUAAGCCAGGGUGUUACAAGGCUCCCAGACAUUCUUAGUGUGACCUGGAAGCUGGGAGCUCCAGUAACUGGCUCCCAAAUUUCCUGGCCUGGAACAAGAAGGCUGCUGUUUGCAGCCGUUAGCCCCUAGGCAGGGAGAAAGAAAGAGACCUUAAUCCAGUGCCCAGAAGCAGGCGCACCCCACUUAGGCUUUGGUGCUGGGGCUGGCCCUGUCACUGCCAAGGGCUCUGUAAUUUCCCCUGCAGAGGAGGAGGCUUUGCUGCCAGCAGGAGGCUUUUGGUUUUCAUUAAAAGAGGGAGGGGUCUAUGGAUGGGAGAGGUUUGCCUCUGAGCUAUACAUUUUUUCCAAAGGUCUAGUUGCAUUAGGGACAGCUUAUAAUGUAGACAAGGAUCUCUGCUAUAAACUGAAGAAACCUGCUGUCAAAACAGCCAGGUGCAAUGAGGCCAGCCGGCUAUAAAUUGUGUUUAAGACCCAACUGGUAUUUCCUUGGGUAUUUCACUGUUCAGUAAAAAAAGCGUCAGACAGAAAGGACCCUGAUUUAGCGCAUGCCUUGCCAUUGGUGUGUGAUCAGAUGGCGUCUUUCAUCUCUUCUACCCAUUUCGGCCAUGGUUUCCGUGGCUGCUGCUGAUUUACCUGCUUCUGAGCCGGUUUCCCACUCCUCGAGAGUUCCUUCUCAUUUCCACUUCAGUGAAAGGCUCUACAAGGACCUGAGACCCUCUGGUUACAGGAGGUUCGUGGUGAAUGGGACACCUUGUUCUUUGUCCCCAUCAUUGUAAUAUAAAGUUACUGGGAUUCUUGCCCUGGAAUGACAACCAGGGCCCUGAAAUUGCUCUGAUGCUCUUUGUUCUUGUAAAAAUUUCUGUCCACCAGCAAUUGAAGUCAUUCAUGACAGAAGAGUCACGUUCUGCUCUCAGAGUUUUCAUUCCACAGUCUACAGAGGCUUUUUGUCAUCCCUUACGAAGACUCGCCUUGUGGUUGGCCUCAAUUUUCCUUUUUGGCUAUGUCAAAUGGAAAUCAUUUUUAAAAAGUGGAAAUAGCUUCAGUGGCAAUAAAAGUGAGCAUGAGCCCUGAAGAAGCAAAAUAAAUUGGAUCUAACCCUCUUUAAACAGUAUCCCAACUCUGUCAUCUUUGUCCUUGCAAAUUGCGAGAUUUAAAAUUGAUUGUACCAUUGGUACUAUAGAUUAUUUCUUUUUAUGACGUUAUUUCUGAUUGUAGAAGAAUUACACAUUUACUCUAGGAUGUUAAAAAGUCUAAAUAAGAAAAUAAAAAUGACCCCGAGACAA